AUGGGCUUAAGGAAAACUAUCAUUCGCCCGCUUGGAGUCAUCGAAAGAAUUUUUCAAGUAAAUCAUGACAUAGAUAAUUAUUAUAACGUAGGCUUCUUAAUUCGUUAUAAGGUUCCCAUAACAUUUCCUUUUCAUACCUCUAAAUUUUCCAUUACCAUCGAAUUAAAAAAUGACAUCCUAAAUGUUCUAUAUCCGACGCUUGAACAAGUUAUCUUAGAUCACGCGGAAUUGGCAGUUUGUUUCACAGAUUUGGAAACUUCCAACCCUAAAUUCAUCCGUCUCCAAAAAAUUGAUUUGAGCAGGUUAAUAAGAUUUGAGGUGAUAAAUGAUGAUAAGGACAUCGAAACAUUGUUGGAGAAAGAGCAUAGUAAGAAAUUUGAUGUUGAAGAUCAAACCUUGCCAUUAUGGAGGAUCGUAGUUGGUAUAAAGAGUUCUAAAAAGUUCGAUCCUAAUGACCCAAAGAAUUGGAAUUUGAUCAUCGGUUUAGUUUGGCAUCAUAGCGUUGCGGAUGGAAGGAGUUCUUUGGCAUUUUAUGCCACAUUCAAUGAAUUUCUAUUAAAGGAGUUAAGCAAAAAUAAUCCGUCACAAUUAAAAUCUGUAAUUACACUUCCAAAAAAGUCAAAAUUACCAUUUAAUAAAACGGUAGAACAAUGUCUUGGUACCAGACCUUCAUUAUUCUACCUAAUCAAAGAAGGAAUUAAAGAAUUCGUUCUUCCAACGACCAUUAAAAUGAAAUUAACCAAAGGUUGUUGGUUGGGUGAUACUCCUAGAUUCUCCAUUCCUAAAAACACUACCAAAACGUUCUUAUAUUCCAUCGCAUCUAAAGACUUGAAGUCAUUAGUUAAAUUAAGCAAAAAACAUCAUACCACCAUAACUGGAUUAUUCAACGUUUCCGUCUUAUUCUCCGCUUAUCAUCAUUUCAUACUUGCUAGCAAUGUAGAUGAUAAGUUAUCAAAGAAUGCAAAAAAGUUGGUACCAUAUGAUUCGAUUAACCUGUGUACAAACAUAAAUCUUAGACCUUACACAACACCAGAAGUCCCUUGGACUCAAAUGGGACUUUAUGCAUCUGAAAAUGCUCACGUCUACAAAUAUCCAAGACCCAAGUAUGAUGACAAGUAUCCGGAACUAGACUUUUGGAAGAUGAGUGCAGAGUGCAGAGAACAGAUAAUAAAAAAGGGCAUUCCCGAUUCAAUCGAACGUAUAGGGAUCACGAAAUUAAUUCCAAAAGGAAAGAAUGCCUUUGAAAACACUUUAAAGAAAAAAGUUAAUGAUGAUAUCAUGGGUAGAGAAUUUAGUAUUUCGGUUAGCAACCUUGGCAAAUUUCAAAAGGUGUCAUCAGGUUCAAAACGGAAUUCUUUUGUUAACAAGUGGAAGACUUAUGAUUUGAUAUUUACUCAAUCGGCAGAUACUUUCUCCUCUGGUUUGGUCAUUAGUGUCGUAAGUUACGAAAAGAGAUUAACUUUUACAAUUUCUGUUCAGGCUGGUGCGGUGGAUUAUAAAAAAAUUGUAGGAUUUGGUAAAGGAAUUGUUAAAUGUUUAAAUACCGUAGCACGAAAUGAUAAUGUAACCUUGCAAGAUUUAGCUUGA